AUGGACAAUCAUUUUAAGACUGAUUCAUCAUCCUCUACCUUUGCUCUUCAAAGUUCUUCAGAGACCAUGUUUUCUAUUCAGCUAUUAGAUUUCAAAACAAGUUUGCUGGAAGCAUUAGAAGAAUUACGUAUGAGAAGGGAAACAGAAACUCAGUAUGAAGAGCAGAUUGGUAAAAUUAUUGUGGAGACACAAGAACUUAAAUGGCAAAAGGAAACUCUUCAGAAUCAAAAGGAAACAUUAACAAAGCAACACAAAGAAGCAAUGGCAGCUUUUAAAAAGCAGUUGAAAAUGAAGAUGUGUGCCUUGGAAGAAGAAAAGGGAAAAUACCAACUUGCUACAGAAAUAAAAGAGAAAGAAAUAGAAGGAUUGAAAGAAACAUUAAAAGCAUUACAGGUUUCUAAAUAUUCUUUACAGAAGAAAGUAAGUGAAAUGGAACAAAAAGUCCAGUUACAUCUUCUGGCUAAAGAAGAUCAUCAGAAGCAACUGAAUGAAAUUGAGAAAUAUUAUGCCACAAUAACAGGUCAAUUUGGAUUGGUAAAAGAGAAUCAUGGAAAAUUAGAACAAAAUGUACAGGAAGCAAUACAAUUAAACAACAGACUUUCAGCUUUAAAUAAAAAACAAGAAUCUGAAAUAUGCAGUUUAAAGAAGGAACUUAAAAAAGUUACCUCAGACUUGAUAAAGUCCAAGGUCACAUGUCAACAAGAGAUAGGAGAAGAAAACAUCCAUUUAACAAUUAAAGAACAAAAAUUUCAAGAACUUCAAGAAAGAUUCAACAUGGAAUUGGAAUUAAAUAAGAAGAUUAAUGAAGAGAUUAUGCAUAUUCAAGAAGAAAAACAGGAUAUCAUCACUUCUUUCCAACAUAUGCAGCAGUUACUUCAGCAUCAAACUGAAGUUAAUACUGAACUGGAAGCAGAGUUGAAGGUGUUGAAAGAAAAUAAUGAGACCCUUGAAAGAGAUAAUGAGCUGCAAAGGGAGAAGGUAAAAGAAAAUGAAGAAAAGUUCCUUAAUCUUCAAAAUGAGCAUGAGAAAGCACUGGGAACUUGGAAAAAGCAUGUUGAAGAACUUACUGGAGAAAUUAAUGAGAUUAAAAAUGAGUUAUCAUCACUUAAAGAAACUCAUAUUAAGUUACAAGAACAUUACAAUGAAUUAUGUCAUCAGAAGAAGUUUGAGGAAAACGAGAACUUUCAGAAUCUUCCAGAAGUAAAUACUAAAAACAGUGAAAUGUCAAUGGAAAAACCAGAAAAUACUAUCAUACAGAAAUGUAAUUCUGGACAAGAAAUAAAGACAGACACCAUGAGUUUUUGUUCAGAUACUAACUACAGAGAAAAGGAGAAGAAAGAAGACCCAUUUAUAGAAAUAAUAGAAGAUUUACAGCUUUUUGAAAAAAGCUCCAAGAAUGAAAGUGAUCCUGCUAUACCUCAGAAUGAAAAUCAAAGUGAAGUCUCCCUAAGCAAAACCCUCUGCAUAGAAAAAGAACUAAUCAGUCAAGGACAAACCUUAAAUGUUACAGACCUUAGAAAAGCAGUUACUUCAGAAAAAAAAGACAAGGUGCAUUUGGAUAAAGACAAUGAUUGUACAGAAUUUAAGUCACCAAACAAUUCAUUUUUAAUGGCAGAUAGAUCGACAGAAACAGAAAAGAUACACCUAGAAAGAACUGAAAGAUCUGAUCUUCACCAUGCAGAUAUCCACCUGGAGGUUGAAAAUACCACAGCAUCAUCUAACAGUAUCUUAAAUGAGAUGUCUCACCAUACAAAUCAAAAGAAAGAUGGUUCUGAAGAUGAACCAUUCAAACAAUUCAGAUUGCUUCCAGGGAUUCAAGAAAAUGCCACAGACAAGGAAAUUCCAAAUAGUGACCAAACCAGAGCAGAUCUGGAUUCAUCUCUAAAUGUAAAAAAUCCUGUUCAGUGUCAGAAAUACAGUUUGCAGGAUUCAAGUAAUGUUAUGUUAGAUGAUAAACAAUGUAAAAUAAACCAAAUGCAACUGUUAAGUAAAAAAAGUGAGUGCAGUGUAUUGCCAUUUAAACAAACUUCAGUUUUUCAGCAAAUCUGUAACGAUACCUCAGAGAAACCAGAACUACCUAUUUCCUCUGAUACAGCAGUUAACCACCCCAUUUCAUCUGCUUUCAGUGAUAAUUUGAAAGUACUUAAGAAUGCAAAUAAAAAUGUUAAUAUUAUGCCUACAUUGGUGAAACCCAACUCAAGCCCUAGGGAAAGAACUAUAUGGAAAAAUCUGAAUGAUAUGGACACUAGUCAACUAAAGAACUGUUUGGGAUAUUUAGAAAACAGUGUCACCAUUUCCCAUCUCCAGAUUAACAAUGAGAAUGUACAUACUUCACAAGCCAAAGACAUGAAAACGGCUGUUCCUACAAAAACUUCCACGGAAAUACAGUUUUCCAAUAAAGAGAGUCAGAUUGAUGAGAAUCAGAUAACUGAAGCCACAAAAAAUGACCUCUUCCUUUUUGUGAAUGUUAAUGAAAGACAGCAUACAUUGUUAAAUAAUACAGAGAAAACAGAGUCAUUAAAUGACAUCGUUUCAGGAGAAAUUUACAGUGAAGGACAGCUGGAAGAAUCAUGUUCAUUUCACAUAAAGCCAUCUGGAGAUUUAGUAAACAGAAGUGGAAGGUCAGCCUUUGAUCUUUCAACUUCAGAUAAAAAAACUGAGAAAAUUCCAGUAUAUGUGAAUUUCUUAGACCCCAGUCCUUGGUCAAAAGUAAAUCAAAUUGAAAGUCAAACACUGAGCACUUCAACCUCUAGCAUUCCUUUGUUGCUGCAGGAGAGACCAACAGGCCCAUCAGAAAACAAAAAUAUGGUUUCAGUGACACUUUGCAAAAAUGUUGAUGGUAUCAGGAAGGAUACUGGCCCAGAUACUACCAGCAUUAACAGAGUUGCUGACACUUUGAAUAGCUCAAGUAUCCAUCCAGAUCCCAAGGGAGAGCCCAGCAAAGAGAGGAAUGCAAUUGCAAAGACUUUUUACGAUUCUUCUUUUCCCACAGAACACGUGAAAAUAAAGCCUCUGAAAUCAACUCUGCCACAAAGCCAUUUUCAGGCAAUCAAGAUUAAAGAUACUACCAAUGUGGCUGCAUCAUCUCCUGGUGAAGAGGACUGGCAGAGCCUGGAAACAAAUCAAGUUAAUGAAAUCGAAAAGUUCCUAAGCUUAGAAAAUGACAACCACCCUAAGAAAAGAAAAACAGAAGAGAUGCUGGAAAAAAUGACAGAGUAA